UUUUACCUCCCACUACUUGGUUCACAAAGGGACAAAUCAAGCUAAAAAUCCAUUGAAGGUUGAGGCAAGGGAGGAAAUAAAAACAAAGCUAGCAAGACGAGGUCAGAAAUGAGAGCAAAAAAAAUACAUUAAAAAAAACACAUUAAAAUAUAUUAUACAAAUCAACAAUAUUGAGUGUUUACGAAGAAUAAAUUAUGUCUAUUACAUUCCGCACUAUAGAAUACGACUUUACGAGUACAAUAUAGUGUAACAAAACCCGGAGUGAUGUGAGUUGAAACCCUUUGAAAUGAAAAAUCUUUAGGGGGUCCAAGUUGAUACUUCUCCUGAAUCCUCUCUUCUUCAAGUUCCGCCAAAAAAAAGGAAAAACACCCAAUUUUCAUCAUUUCGAGGGAAGCAACAAUGGCCUUAUCCAUUUCUUCAACAUCCCAAUUAUCAAUCCCUAAAACCCCAUUUUCUCAACCCCAUAAAACCAUCCCACUUUCUCUCUCCUCAAUCUGCAUUUCCAACCUUAAACCCUUUUCAUCAAAUCCCCAGAAACUACUGCAACCCAUUGUUUGUGCUGCUGCAAAACAGCAAAGUGGGUCAUCAGUUAAAUCUUCCAAGAAAAGAAAGAAGAAGGGUCCUUCUCCUCCUCCUGUUUCUGAAGAGUUGAGCUUGGAUGAUUUUGAUGUUUUGGAUGAAGAAGAAGGUGAAAAUGGUGGAAAUUCAAAGCGUUCAGAUGUUUAUAUUCCUCUUCCUUUGCCUAAACCACCUGCUGGGUUUGUCAUUGAUGAUCAAGGCCGUGUUCUUAUGGUUGCCCCGAGGCGAAUUGCUACUAUUGUUGACCCAACCAAUAACCUUCCAUUGGAGUGCAUGAUAAGGAGAGUAUUUACAAAUUCUAAAGGGGAUGAUUGUCUGCUACUGUGCCCAGUUGAUACGCCUGUUCAGAUUUUGAAGAGCACAAAUAUUGACGGAUGGUCAGCUGUUAAUGAUGAUGAAGUUGAAGCUAUCCUUCCAAAUGCUGCUUAUGCACUUGCUAAAAUACAUAUGCAUUUGGUACAUAGUGGGUUUUGCUAUACAGCUCGUGGAGGAUUUUGCUACUCAGAAGAAAGCAUAUUUGACUUCCGGUCAGAUGAUGGGCAAGACGUAGAAGGUGUGCCAAAUGAAGGUGUCGAGAUUACUUGUUUUCAUCUGGAUGGGACCCAUUAUAUGAUAUACACACCUUCAGAACCACUUCUUUUUGUUGCUGUCAAGGAUGAUAACGGCCAGUUGAGAAUUGCUGAUGAUGAUAUUUUGGAUGACCCUGCUGUUGUAAGUGCAAUUGAUGAAGAGACCGAAUUUAAUGCAUUAGUGGAAGAGGAAGCUGCUCUUUUGGAGACAAUGUUUGGCGAAAGAUGACUCUCAUGUAAAUGAGGAACGGUGUAGUGUUUUUUCUGUAGGAAUAGUUUCUUCUUGUCUUUGUACAGGAAAUUUUGUUUGUAUAUUUACCCUUCUGUUUAGAGAGGAAGAAAUUGUAAUGAUAUAUUUAGGGGCGUUAGUGAAAGGCUGUAGCCUGUAGGGAGUGGCAAAAAACUGCUAACAUGUUCUAUACGAAGUGUUUGUUUACAGUUACACAUCAACAUAGCUGUAAUGUUCUUGAAGCCUCUUUAUAUGAAAAGUGUUUUACCAUUAGUUUGAUCUA